AUGUCAUCGGAGAAGGUGGGACAGCUGGGUGUAGUUGAAGACAAAGAGGAUGGUGAAGACAAUGGUGAGGAGAAUGUUGAGGAGCCGGAAGAGCAGGAUGGUGGCGUCAAGGAUGGGGGGCCGAAUAAUAGGGAUGAUGACGAUGAUGAGGGACCGGCUAAUGGUCCUGUGCAAGGAACGGUUGCAGCAUCGCCCUUGGAGAACAUCGCUCAAGAGAACCCCUCUGAAGAUAAGAACAGUGAAGAGAACACCAGUCAAGAUAACCCCACUGAAGGGAACACCACUGAUGAGAAUCUCCAAACUGAUGACCAAGAAGGACCACGGGAGAAAUUGAUCCUAAGGAUUCCGAGAACAAACCCAAAAACACGCUAUCGGCAGACGCGAGUACGAAUGACAAAACUUGAGAGUGACGUAGUAGCUUAUGUGGAGUCAUACAAUCCUAAAGGGAAAGAGCAGGGGGGCAUGCUUAUCGAGUGUGAUGGUAAUGAUGCAAAUCGGAUGAUGUGCUACUCGGUUGUGCGUCCUAGGGAGUACGUGCAUUCCCAGUACGUUCGGGCCGUUGCAAACAUAUACAACAGGGAAUGGGCUCUGGAAUACCCAACGAAUUCUCGCAGAAUUAUGCUGGACUCCUCAUUUGCGUAUCAGAAAUUAAAGACGAGGGAAACAUAUGCUGGUCUGCUGAAGAAGUGGUCCACCCCUCUCCAGAAGAUUGUGUCAGCUGAUAUAUCUGUGGUCUAUGUUCCAGUUGUGGACAACGGACAUUGGUGGUGUGUUGCUUUUGCACUGAAAGACCAGAAGAUAUGGUUCAUUGACAGCAUGUAUACUAAUCCUGCUUCCGAGCAUUCUGGGGAUGUUAAAAAAUUGAUAGCAGCUGUGGAGUACGUUCUACAUUGGAGAGACACGCAGUAUAAUGCAGCUCUUGUUUGGAAGUUGAAGCAAAUGCAUACUUGGCCCUUGGACUCCAUUAGCUUCCCUGACUACAACGACAAUCAUGCGUGUGGAAUAGUAAUGCUUAUGGCUAUCCAGGAAAGUGCAAGGGCAUUUACAAAGACGAUGCAAGUGGGGGACAUCAAUGUAGCUCGGAGGGCACUGUUUUUGUCUCACUUGAAUUCAGAUUUCAACUCCUGCCGCCCGCUUCUUCCCCAAAUCGUUGCAACCCACUGCCCAGUUCGUUGAUGUUUGGUCGUGCUUCUUCUGCUAACGUUUAGGGUUUUUAACAGAGAAAACAAUUGCACACUUAUCUGGUCAAAUUUUGAAAUGUAUUUAACGCGUGAACUAAAUCAUAGUUGUUGUCUUUUGAUACUCACAUUAUUUCUAGGAGAUGGGAUUCAUUGCUUGCAGGUAUGUUUUGCAAGUUUUGUGGUAUGCUUUGUAUCGUGCAUUAAAGAUUUACAAUACGAGUUUGGUACGUGUUGUGAUACCUAAUAGGUUGUUUGGUACCGUUAUUAGAAAAGUUUGGGUACAAUCUACGAGUUUGGUACAGCGCCUGAGCUUUGUUCCGGCUUUGCAUGGUACCAAGCAUAAAUUUAGUACCAAACAAGAUCAGAUAUGUACCACACGAACAUUAGUAAUUGUUGCUACAAAAGUUGGAUGAUUAAGAGUUAGACAAAACAGUACGCAAACACGGUGACCUCAGUAAUCAAA